AUGGCUUCUCAGUUACCCGGAAGGACUGACAAUGAAAUAAAGAACUACUGGAACACCAGAAUAAAGCGACGCCAGAGGGCCGGUUUACCAGUUUACCCUCACGACCUCCAGCCAGAAGCAGCAGCUGCUGCUUUCCACCACCACCAAAUGAGACACUCUUCUCCUUCCUCCUCCUCUGCUUCUUCAUUCUCAUCCCUCCUCUCCAACUCCCAGCCUCGAAAGCCCAGCACUUAUAGCCCCGCCCAGCUUUCUCUUUAUGACCACAUCACCACCUUCUCCUCCUCCUCAGAUCAUCACAACAACCACACCAACAAUUACCACCGCAAUGCUGCUUCUCUCUUUUCCAACCCCAUCACCCAAUUCAAUGGCAAUGGCGGUGGCUUCGCUAUGCCUUUUGGGUCCUCAUCUUCUUCAGCUCUCUUCAACCAGAGCCAUAACAUCCCAAACCCAAACCCUUUUGGGUCGUCAUCUACUACGCCUCCACCGCUUCACCAUCAGUACAAUUCUCAUGGAGGGUUUGGUGGCUACAACAAUCUUAGCCUCAGCUCGAUUAUCAUGGGGCCUCCUUCUUAUGACUCAACUGCGGGUUUGGUUGCGGGGUCCAAUGCAGAGCUCCCUUCGAACCAAACACCGCCAAGUAUUCAUGGCGACGAGGCUCCAAUGGGGGCUUCUGGCAAUACCAAUGAAGAUGAUCGCUAUGAAAUUGCACCUGUGCCAUCUCAAGGCAAUAGUGGUCUCUUGGAUGAUGUGUUGGCCGAGGCUCAUAACAUUUCGAAUAAGAGGUUGAAGAGUGAGGACAGUUCUGGGGUGUCUGGAAAAGAGAAAGGUGUGGUGGUGGUGGAGGAAGAGUCUAAUGAGGAGGAGGAGGAUGACACAGUGCAGGUCGAAUCAACUUUGAAGAAUAGCGGUGAUAAUAGUGCUGAAAACCAGAGGGAUGAUAGCUCGUCCCCGUCAUCAAUUGACAUGAAACAAAGUGAGGAUCCACUAGAUGAGAUGGACGAUGACUUGCUGAGCUUGCUCAACUUCUCCUCUACAGUGCCAGCAGUAUCUGAGACGUCGUGGUACCUGGCUGAAUGCAUGUUCAACAGCGGAUCAUCAGCAAGUGAGAAUGUGGGUCUAGACACUCAGCAAAAUGCCCCGUUGACAUUGACGUCGGUGAAGACCACGGCAGCAGCACCCGAAGUCCAGCGCACCUUAGGAGCCUGCUACUGGAACAACAUGCCUGGCAUAUGUUAA